AUGGUUGAAGCAAGAAAGUUAGAGCCUCGUGAUUUUCAAUUUGUCGAAAUUUUAGGGAGAGGAGCUUAUGGACGUGUUGCUAAAGCAGUCAGAAAAGAAACUGGGGAGACAUUUGCAGUGAAAAUUAUAGAAAAGGCUCAUUUAAAAAAAGAAAAUAAAGCGAGACAAGCUUUGAUUGAGAGAAACAUAUUAGCAAAACUCAGAGACCAUCCAGGAACAGUCAGACUUCACCAUACUUUUCAAGACCCAGAGAAUCUGUAUUUUGUAUUGGAAUACUGCCCAAAUGGCGAUUUGAUGGAUUUGAUGAAUAGUUUUGAAGGGCGAUUUCCAUUAGAGUUAGCGAGAUUUUAUUCGGCAGAACUUACCGUUAUAUUAGAUUUACUUCAUCAAAGAGGAAUAAUCCACAGAGACCUGAAGCCAGAAAAUCUCCUACUUUCUCAAGAUUUUCAUCUAAAACUUACUACCCCUGAUUAGAAAGCAUUUAUUUUUGCUUGCUAAGAUUUAAAGAAAUAUAUUCGAUUUGCAAAUAUUUGAAAUAAAAAAAAUUUUUCAAAUUUAAUAGAAUUAGCUGGAGAUCUCAUUAUCAUAAUUAUUAAUUAUUAGGGAGUUAAUUUUCUGAAAAAGUAGGGAUUUUCUAAUGGCUCGUUCGUUAACAUUUGGGAGUUAGUGAUUUUGGCACUGGGAAAGAAAUCAAUCCAGACCCAGAUGGGACAGAAAUCAAUCGCGAAAGAAGAGGCACCUUCGUAGGAACUGCAGAAUAUGUGUCUCCUGAAGUUCUUCUAGAUCAAGAAGUCGGAAGAGAAGCUGAUCUUUGGGCUUUAGGAUGCAUCAUAUAUCAAUUGGUAAACGGCAGACCUCCAUUCCAAGCAAUGAACGAUUAUUUAAUAUUUGAACAAAUAAAGGAAAACAGGGUAAAUUAUCCAGACACUAUGCCCUAUGAUGCAGCUGACUUAGUCAAUAAACUGCUAGUAUUAGACCCAAAAGGUAGACUUGGGGCUGGAAAUCCUGGGGAGGCUAAUGAUAUGGACGCUUUGAAAAGUCACCCAUUUAUCAACUCUAUCGAUAUAGCCAAUAUAUUCACAACUCCUAUCCCAUGUGAUAAUAUGCCUGAUAAAGCUAGAGAUUCUUCAGAUGACGAGCUAGAAGUUCAGCUAUUAAAUAGAGAAAAUAAAGAUCGUGGGGUUGUCAUGACUGGACUAGUCAAGAAAAAAGCUGGCUGGAUUUAUAAGAAAAGGCAACUUAACGAUGACCCCCCCUCAAUCUUCAUGUCUACUGCAACAAAAAUUUUUCGAAAAAAUUUUCAUGCCUACUGCAACACAACAUUUUUAUAAAAAAAAAUUAAUGCAUUUUUCUCUAGAAGAGUUUCUCAAAAACCCCAUAAAACAGCGCUGCUGUAGGCGUGUCAAUGACCUUCUCAUCGAGAUUUGGACGGCUAUUGUCAUUGCUCGCCAUUUUAUUAAACUUAUCUAGCUAAAAAGUAUAGAAAAAUUUAAGAUGCGCAUCUAAAAUUUGCUGCAAGAGGAUUAUUACAGAGAGGCGCUAGCCAUAUUGGUGACACAGUCACCAAAGACCUCCCGUACAGAUAGUUCUACCGCUUUUCGAUUCCAGCCCAGAGGGUCUAUUCCUCUUACGAGUGCCCUUCCGGUACCUUCUGUCUCCUCCUUGCCUUGCGGCUUCAGUCUUGAGUGGGCGGCUUAUGGAUUUCUGCGUCCCUGCUACGGGCAAUUGGAGUAGCUUGAUUCCAAGGAUCAGCUCCUUAGAGUCUAUCGGGUGUCAAAGUACCUUCCUUCUACAGCUACACGAAAAAGACUGUUCCCCUGUGGCCUGGGCAAAAACCCCAGUUUCUCGGUAGAGGAAUGCCCAUGGGUCCUCGGAUCAAAAGGACGUUGUUGAGCUAAUCUAUUUCAACCACAGGAAAGCAGCCAAAACCUGCCCGGAUAUACACUUCUUGAGUCUGCGUCUGAUUCUCGGUUCGGGGUCCGUCCCAGUUCGCAUUAGCCAUAAGGUCUGGAAAGCUGCGCCAAGAGGGCAGGCUGACACGUGUCGCCAUUUUAAUAUAUAUAUAAUUUGUUGCAAGAGACAUGAAAAUUAUUAUUUUUUUUAUAUAAAAUUUUAUAUUAAAAAAUUGCAUUUUUGUUGCAAUAGACAUGAAGAUUGAGGGGGGGGUCAUCGUUACUAUCACAAAUCAACCGAGAAUUCUUUAUAGUGAUAUAGACAACAAUUAUAAAGGAGACGUCCCACUUUCAGCCGAUGUUAGAGCAGAAAUAAGAGGCGAUAAAGAUUUUGUAAUCAUUACACCCAGCAGAACUUAUUUUUUCAAAGAAAUCAUUGGAGACCCUCAGAAAUGGGUAGACGCUGUAAACAAGUUUAUUAGAGAGCAUUUCGGCAGGCAUUAA